AUGGAUCAUUUGGCACAUUUUUGGGGAAAAGCAACCCAACAUGUUUCAAUGUUUAGAUCAGGCCCAUAUUCUCAAAAUAUUACAAGCACGAAUGGUAGUAGACUCAUUUUGAAUCCGAAUCACCAAAAAUGCUUAGUUAAAUAUCAAAACACAUCUAAAAAUCCAUGUAAACAUGUAUUUUCAACUGCUGUAGAUGAUUACUUUACUGAAACAUAUAUUUCCAGGACACUUUACCUUUGUAAACUACCAUAUGAUAUGACUGAAGAUUCAGUUAGAGAGCUUUGUGAACCAUUUGGCGAUCUAAAGAAAGUUGCAGUUUAUCCUCACAAAGGAAUUGCAUUUGUAGAGUAUUUCGAUAUAAGAAAAGCUGAAGGCGCCAGAAAUACAUUGAAAAGUUCCUUAGUUCAAGGGAGAAUAAUUGGUGCACAGUAUUCUAGAGGUAGAGAUAAUAAACCCUCAAAAGAUACUAAUACAGGAACCUUGUAUAUUAAGCCGAUUAUAAAUGAUAAAACUGCUAUAGAUCCGAAUACAGAAGAUGAUUAUAAACAGUUGUUUUGCGCCUAUGGAGAAGUUAAAAAGGUUAGUAGCAAUAGAAAGCGAGAAUCAGAGAAAUUUAUAGAAUUUUAUGAUAUUAGAGGUGCGGAAGCGUCCCAAAAAGCUCUCAAUGGAUAUGAUUUUAAUGGCGUAAUUUUAGAGAUCCAGUUUGCAAAUACUCAUAGUAGAACAUUAAACUCUGACUUUCAAACUAUCUUAAGUGGCCAGGGCUCGAGCAUGAAGAAUCAAUCCCUUCGUAUUCCAAACGAAGUAAAGCAUAAGCGGCAAUUGUCAUUUAAUACAAAAAAGAAAAAUAGGCUUAAGAAAUGUGGUACUUCCGAGAUGUUUAAAAGGCUAGUUGCAAGAAAUGUUUCAGAUUGUGAAUUAUAUUCCGAAUUUUCAAAACAGCAUUUAAGUCGUAAUAGAAUAAACAACCAUUCGGAUUUUAGUUUAUCAUGUCCAUUGCCGGUCCCUACUCAAGUAACAGGCAACUCGGGUGAAUUUAAUAAAUUUAUACCGAUUACAAAACAUCCAAGUGACGAUUCCACAAGAACAGGAAAUAUUGCUGAGUCUUUAAAAAUAUUAUUAUCGACAUUUAAGCCUCCAAUAACUGAUAUUGAACGUGAUAAUUCCAAUAAUAGUGCUUUUAGUUAUUAA